AGCUGACUUGCCACAGCACGUCACUUCUGACAAGCCCGCACAAAGCAUUAUAGUAGAAAUGACCUUGGUAAAUAUAUCAAGACUCGUGAGAACAGUAUAUCUUCAUAUCAAGACUGUCAAACUCAUUUAGAAGCAUGGCAUCGCAAGCUCCAACAGUGCGUGCCUCCACGCGCCUCCGGGAACUAUUAAACGAUAAGAGCAGGAUGGUCGUAGCACCAGGGGUAUACGAUGGUUUCACAGCUCGUCUAGCUCUCAACGUCGGUUUCGACGCUUUGUACAUGACUGGUUUUGGCACUUCCCUCUCGCGCAUCGGCUGGCCCGACUUGGGCCUUGCAACCGCAUCUGACAUGAUUGCGAAUGCCUCUCUCAUCGCCAACCUCGAUCCCUCGAUCCCCCUCAUCGCCGACGCAGAUACCGGCUACGGCGGCCCUAUCGCCGUCGCGCGGACCGUCAGCCAGUACAUCCAAGCCGGCGUUGCUGCAUUCCAUCUCGAGGACCAAGUCCAGACGAAGCGCUGCGGCCAUCUGCUAGGCAAGGAGCUCGUCACGAAGGAAGAAUUCGUGAGCCGGAUCAAGGCCGCCGUCGAAGCGCGCACGAGAGCGCAGAGCGAUAUCAUCAUCAUUGCCCGCACCGACGCGCUUGCCGGGCCAGGCUUUGAUGAAGCGAUCGAGCGGCUGCGUGCUGCAAUCGGUGCGGGUGCAGAUGUGGCGUUUCUUGAAGGCAUCAGGAAUGAAGCGCAGGCGACAGCGGUCUGUGAGAUCAUGGGCGAGACGCCUAUGCUGCUGAACCUCGUGCCGGGCGGACUGACGCCGAACUGGUCGAUGAGACAGGCACAGGACCUCGGCUUCAGGAUGACGAUUGUACCACUCAUGCUACUUGAAGCAUCACAGAAGGCGUCAACAGAGGCCCUGAAAGCGCUGAAAUCGGAUGGCAAAGUGAACUAUGGCGAAAAAGGCCCACGGGGAUUGUCUGAGCUAUGUGGACUAAAAGACGCAAUGAAGAUUGAUGAGAUAUCCGGGGGCAAAGCACUUGGUAGUAUCUAGGUAAUCACAAUGAAAGUCCCACCUCCCCAAAAUACAGCAUCCCAACGACCAACAUCCUAAACUAUUCUCGCCCCAAACCCACCACACAGUGGCAGAAAGCACGCGAAAAAGCGCUUGCACGAGAGCCAUCAAAAACCAUCCCGCCGUGUAGACCAUGUGGGUGUUCCGAUAGAGGAGAGCAAUCUUGUCCUGCUCGGCUCGCAAAUGGCAAGUCAGUUGAAAAAACGUGGCUCUAGCUAUUUAUAAUGUACAUCCACAAAGUCUAGGCCAGAAUUGGCCCAAGUAGCUGAGGGAAGAAGUUUUAAGUGAAACGCA